UGGCAUGUGAGGACCCCGGGAGCAGCGGAGCCGCGAUCCUGAGCUGCCCUCCAGUCGGUGGAGAGACUGACGACUCUUUCCAGUGAUAAAUCCUAGUAGUACUGUCGACCUCCUUGGAGACCUUUACCGUCAUAUGUCAGGGAUUCAACUUGAAUAAUUUCAACAGUCAGUUGGCAACGCUGCUCUAGCUGAUAAACCAAGAAUGAGACUUCGGGUCUUGGCGAUCCUAACAGUUCUUAUACAUUUCACAGCAGCUUCAAUCAGCAGAUCAUCUGCGGGUAUGGAAAAUGAGGCUUUGCUUGUGAGUUGUCCUAGAGAAGGAAGCUCUGAAUACCCUGUGGAGUGGUAUUACUCAAACACCAACCGAAGUGUCACCACCCAGAAAGGAAAUCGUGUGUUUGCUGGAGGGGAAUAUCUUAAGCUUCUCCCAGCCAAAGUUGAGGAUUCUGGAGUUUAUACUUGCAUUGUCAGAAGUUCUACCUUCGUUAAGACUGGACAUAUGAAUGUCACCAUAUAUAAGAAACAACCAGGUUGCAAAAUUCCAAGUGGCCUGAUAUAUUCAAAAAUCUCUGGUUCAGAAAAAAAUUCCAAAAUAUAUUGUCCUACCAUUAAGCGCUACAAUUGGACAGCACCUGUUGAGUGGUUUAAGAAUUGUAAAGUUCUUCAAGGAUCAAGGUACUUCAUACAAGAGGCUUAUUUGCUAAUUGACAAUGCAACUAACGAGGACACGGGUGAUUAUACAUGCAAAUUUAUGCACAAUGAAAAUGGAGUCAGUUACAGUGUGACAGCAACCAGAUCGUUCGCCUUUCACAGUGACGAAGGCUUUUCAUUGUUUCCUGAAAUAAUAGCACCUACACAAAACGAGACCCGGGACGUGGAAGUCGGGAAAGCAGUGAACAUCACUUGCUCCGCUUGCUUUGGGAAAGGCUCGCAGUUCAUGACCACCGUCCUGUGGCAGGUUAACGGGACCAACGUUAGGAACGUUAGUGAAGCAAGAAUUUGGCAGGAGCAAGAGCAAAAUCAAAGUUCCAGCAGUGCGUUGACCUGCCGGAGCGCCAUUCUGCGGAUAGUGGAUGUGAGAGAGGAGGAUUUGUUGCUGAGGUACGACUGUAAGGCCGUGAACCUCCAUGGCGUGAGACACCGCUCGCUAAGACUCAGGAGGAAAAAGCCAAUUGAUCGUCAAAGCACCUACUACAUGCUUGCUGGAUUUGGCAUAUUGUUAAUGCUAAUUAAUAUCAUGAUGAUCAUGCUGAAGGUGUUCUGGAUUGAGGUUAUCCUUCUCUGGAGGGACGUAGCGAGGCCUUACAAAGCCAGGAACGAUGGAAAGAUCUAUGACGCUUAUGUUAUCUACCCACGGACCCACAAGGAUAGUCCAGAGGGGACCUGUUCUGUGGAGUACUUUGUUCACCAGGUUCUGCCUGACGUUCUUGAAAAUAAAUGUGGCUACAGCUUAUGCAUUUAUGGGCGAGAUCUGCUACCUGGAGAAGACGUGGCCACGGCGGUGGAGACCAACAUCCGAAAGAGCCGGCGGCACAUUUUCGUCCUGGCGCCCGGGGGGGUGCACAGCGAGGAGCUGGCCUACGAGCAGGAGGUGGCGCUGCACAGUGCCCUGGUGCAGGGCGACGCCAAGGCCAUCCUCAUCGAGGUGCAGGCUCCUGGGGGCCUGCAGCUCGCCGGGCUCCCCCGGUCCCUGCAGCACCUGGUGCAAGUCCAGGGCACCAUCAAGUGGCGGGAGGACCACGUGGCCAACAAGCGGUCCCUGAAUUCCAGGUUCUGGAAGCACGUGCGGUACCACAUGCCGGUGCCCAGCAAGCCUCCCUGCAAGACGGCCCUCUUGGCUCCCUGAAUGGCCGUCCUGAUGUGCAUGUGCGCAUGCGCUGG